ACAACCUUCUCUCACUUAGACUCCAACAUCCACCAUCACAUUUUCCUUGACGACUUUUUGACUCGAAAUUGUUCUAAUGUGGUAAAUUACCGCCAUAGACUUAUUAGGAAUUUCUUUUUUUCUCUCAACUUCCUUUUUACUUAAGCAUUCACUGUGUCAAGGUGUGCGUGCGUCCAUCAUCAUGGAACAUCUAGUCACAGGUUUCGUGCGUAUAUGUCGCGGGAUUGACAAUGCAGAGGAUCUAUCCAGGCUCAUCUCGGAGGUCAUUAGGCAGCCACAGCCCAACGAUGUUCCAGCACAAGCAAGACUAUGCAUCCUUGACUUCCCGGACUUGGAAACGCUGGAGGCAAACAUCUCCAAGUCUUCAUCUCUCUCCCGGGCAGAUCUCAUCAAGCGGGCCGCAGAAAGUCCCCGACAGCUCUCGGGAUCGGAGCUCGACGUUCUGCGCCAGCGCUACUGGCUUGACAUCGGCUUCCCUGAGCUGCGAGCCCGCACCACCGCCUCCGAGACUCUGGAGGCCGUGUCCGCAGAGCACUUGCGGCAAGUCACGGAGCAGCUUGAAGCGAUCAGAGCGCUGCUUUACGAAGAAGACGAGAAGAAGGCGAUCGACAAUGCUCUAGAGGAGACGGUCAGACGGUACAACGAGGCACACAGAUUGAGAAUAGACCAGGAGGAAAACGCCAUCUUCAACAGCCCUCACGUCCAACCCUGGGUGAAACGUCUCUUUGCCGAAAACAAGGAGGAGGAGGUGUGGGGCUUUGCCGUAUUCGUGGACCCGGAGGCUGGCGGCUCCCAGAAACGCAUGGAAGACUACGAGUCUCGGGCAGAUGGUGCACUCUAUCACGCCCGGUCUGCAGUCGGCAUUGGAACUCCAGUAAGAAUGGUGUGGCAUCUGCAGAGGCUAGAUUGGCCGCUGCCUAUCGCUGAUGUUGGUGAAAGCGCAGGAGGCGACGAGGAGGGAAAUGUGGACCGAGAGCCUGAUGUCGGGGGGAGCGACACAGCUCAGCGUGACGAUCAAGUUCGAGAUGCCAAGUUUCAACGACUUCGGCAGCACUUUCUCUCGGUCCGCGAUAGACCACCUAAGAGGAUGAGAGCCCACGAUCACACGAGGGCGCUCGACAGCGGCGGUCUUGGUGCCGGGAUAUUGCGCAACGCCUUUUUGGUCAUUGACCAAGCUGCUGUUAAUUCGUUGCUGCACACUGGGCUGGUGGAUGAGGCAUGGGUUUGGGCUGUGGAUCCCGACUAUCACGAUCUGCAUUCUGCCAAAGAAGAUGGUACAAAGGUUGAGAAAUGCAGGGGUUAUUUCAGAGUGCGGCUGCAGCAACUUGUCAAUAACUUCUUCGACGCGCGACGCUUUCAUGAACACGAAUAUACCAUGGAACAAUUAGAGGGCAUGGCUCAAAAGAGCAGGAACCAGGCAUUUGUCUCACUAAAAGAAGCCGAAUAUGGCCGCUUUAAAGUGGAUAGGUUUAUAGGCAGUUGUCUAAGGCUUAAUGAAUAAGCAAAUCCAGGCUACACACUUGCGGCUACACGACUGCAAUCGAAACAGCAGAUUACUGCACAGAUUCUCACCCCUACUCACAAUUGUCGCCGGAGGGCGAACGCCCUAUUCGAACUCGGUAUCUCUAUGUUACUGAGGAUUAAGGGCUUUACGGAGAUUCCCCUAUCGGACUAGAUCAGUGCUGUCAAUCUUUAUGCGGAAUGCGAUGGGCAGCGGUUAGGUUUUAGAGUACCAACGAGGUAUCCGGUCAAGGGCUACGACUUGGGGGACUCGACCCUGUGCGCUCGAUAGAGCUGGUUGAGGCGUACCUAUGGGCUACGAUAGGAGUCGGGUCGGGCUGCGUCGAUACUGGCGAUUCCAGCAAGGGGCAUCAGUUAGAGCGGGUGGGUUGUGGUAUGGGAUUUGGGUGCUUAAUUCAGUUUGAGAGGUAUCUUUAAACUGAUAUCUGGACUAAAUGAGGUUUCUGAAAAGGGGGUGAACUGUACUGGAGCGGCCCUGGUAGUAUCACUGCCGCUUGGGCAAUCCAACUCGCAAACGGGAUACAAAGUUAACUUUGGUAAAAGAGGUCGAAGUCAGUUAGAUGGAUAUCGGAGGGAUUACGCUACGUGGAGGGUGGCCUUGACGUGGAUAGCCUAAUAAAGCCGAUGCGGGCCAGGUAUCGUCGAUAUUCGUGUCGAGGUAGCCGGCUCU